UGUGCAGUUAUUUUAGCCGGUAGGAUUUAAGAACAGCUUCAUUUCCGGUACCACCGGAAGCAAUUGGAAAAUGGCGUCUUCUUUGCCGAUCGGUCCCGUUCCAGCAGCUGGGAAAAGUGAAUUUCGCAACCAGAAGUCAAAGCCGGAGAGCAAAGAUGAAUCGGAGCUCCUCACUGUUCCUGAUGGUUGGAAGGAGCCAGCUUUUUCUAAAGAGGACAAUCCGAGGGGACUCUUGGAAGAGAGCAGUUUUGCAACUUUGUUUCCCAAAUAUAGAGAGGCUUACUUGAAAGAGUGUUGGCCUUUGGUGCAGAAAGCCUUGAAUGAACAUCAUGUUAAAGCAACCCUGGACCUGAUCGAGGGCAGUAUGACUGUUUGUACUACAAAGAAGACUUUUGACCCAUAUAUCAUCAUUAGGGCCAGAGACCUAAUAAAACUGUUGGCAAGGAGUGUUUCAUUUGAACAGGCAGUACGAAUUCUUCAGGAUGAUAUCGCGUGUGAUAUCAUUAAAAUAGGUUCCUUAGUAAGAAAUAAGGAAAGAUUUGUAAAAAGAAGACAACGGCUUAUUGGUCCAAAAGGAUCUACAUUAAAGGCAUUGGAACUCCUAACAAACUGUUACAUUAUGGUUCAGGGAAAUACAGUUUCAGCCAUUGGACCUUUUAGUGGCUUAAAAGAGGUUCGAAAAGUAGUUCUAGAUACUAUGAAGAAUAUUCAUCCCAUUUAUAACAUUAAAACCUUAAUGAUUAAACGGGAAUUGGCAAAAGAUUCUGAAUUACGAUCACAAAGUUGGGAAAGAUUCUUGCCACACUUCAAACACAAAAAUGUGAAUAAGCGCAAGGAACCGAAGAAGAAAACUGUUAAGAAAGCAUACACGCCAUUUCCACCACCACAGCCAGAAAGUCAGAUUGAUAAAGAAUUGGCUAGUGGUGAAUACUUUUUGAAAGCGAAUCAAAAGAAGCGACAAAAAAUGGAAGCAAUCAAGGCUAAACAAGCAGAAGCUCUCAGUAAGAGACAAGAGGAAAGAAACAAAGCAUUUAUUCCACCUAAAGAAAAAACAGUUGUGAAACCUAAGGAAGCAUCUACUGAAACUAAAAUUGAUGUGGCUGCCAUCAAGGAGAAGGUUAAGAAAGCAAAGAACAAGAAACUGGGAGCUCUUACAGCUGAAGAAGUUAAGCUUAAGGUGGAAGCAGAUGAAAAGAAAAAGAAGAAAAAAAAGUAACAUUAAAAAAAUAACCAAAACCCCCUAAACUAGAAUUUAUAAAACUAUCUCCUUUUGUAAAGGAUUUUGAGAUAUUAGGACAUUAGUUGUCCUAUGUGUGAGAAAUAAUAUUUCUGAGUUUCAUAUAAUAAUAUUCUUUAUAAAUAUAUUCUUGUGUAUUUUGAAAAAUUUUGUGCUAGAAAGUGCUAUGUGUACAUUGUACUUAAUCAGGCAGGUUUUGCCUAAGCAUGAGUUUAGGAGUAACUUUUAGGUUUUUUUUUUAUAUAUACAUUUUUGGAACGUGACUAUUGUAGUUUUUCAUUAAAUCCAAAGUCUGAUGUCAUUGGUUAGUUUUUAAACAUAAUCAUGUCCCAGCAUUUGGUUUUGAGGAAAAUAAAUGCCAGUUUUUCAGUGCAUUCUCUCUCCCUGAUUAUCCCUUUUUACAAUUUUGUUUUAUUUUAAGAGUAAACAGCUCAUAAGCAGAAAAUCAAGGCCUCUGAAAUCAAACACUUCAGUUAUCAAGUCGGAGGAAGUGUUAAACCAGAAAGAUACCAAAUUGCAAGAGAACAGGGAAACCAGGUAUAUUGAGCUAAAGCAGCAUGUAAGAAGCACCAAUCACUGGAGUUAACUUAGAAUCACAUAAGUCUAGCUCAUUAAUUUUAUAGAUUUGGAAGCUAAACUAAAGCACAGGAACUAGAUUACAUAUGGAAAGCCCAGUGGUGGCAACCUGAAAACAAUGCUUAUUCAUAAAAAAGUGCAAAGUAAAGAUGAGUUUAUUCUAUAAUUAGGAAGUUGAGCCAUUUUUAUUUUGAGCAAGUCUUUACUGCAGCAGUGUAUUUUUUAAAAAUAAUGUUUUAAAGUGGAAAUUAGAAAUACACCCAAUUUUUACUUUUUUAAAAAAGCCAUAUUUAUAAAUCUCUCCCUCCCCCCCAGACUGCAUUAGUCUAAAAGACUUAAAUUAGGGUAUUUUUUCUUUAUCCAAAUGGUAAUUAUAACAGACAUUAUUAGAAUUAUUGAAUUAGCAAUAAGAAAGAGAGAUGUGUAUCUGUUUCGUAAAAAUAUGGGCCAGGCUGGAUCCACAAGAGAGUAGUAACCUGUGAAAUAAACAUAGAAAGUCCUCUAAGACAUUGUUUCUCAUAAUGGAAUGACAUAAAUUACAUAGUGCUUAAUGAAACAAUUUAGGAUGUGUAUACAUACGUGUGACCUUGUCUCUCUUUGGAUUAACUGUGAAGUCAGGGAGAAUUAAAAAAAAAAAAA